AAUGCAACCCAUGAAAAAAUAUAGCAGACCAGGAAAAGUAAACUAUAUACGUCCAAGACCAUUAAUGAAGAAUUCUGUCAGAUUUAAAGUAGAAAAGAAAUCAAAAUAAAGAAGAAGUUGCUAUCCCAAAAUCGUAUAAGGCUACUAAAGAAGAGAAGAAAUUAGAUCUUAAGAAGAUAUACCCAGAGUAUAUGACAUUUGUUUCAAAUCAAUAUCAAGACUGCGAAGAGAAGACUAUUUACAAUUGGAAUAUUAUUGCUAAUUUUAUUUUAAAAGCCAACUUUGAGAAGUACAAGUCGGCUCCUCCAAGAAAGAAAUAAAGAGUCCUCAAAAUUUAUUAGAGAGGAUUUGAUAACGACCAGUUCAAAAUCCAAUAAAGUUAAAGUCUUCAGUCCAGAAAAGUCAUCAUUCUCAACUGGCAAAUUAAAUCUUGACCAUAAGAUCUCUAACUUUCUCAAGCAAGAGGAAAGAGAAAAGCUAAUUCAAAAGUCCUUCAGAUUGAGCUCAUUCCAUGCCCACAACUUCUUGAAAGAGAAUGGUAGCCAACAUGCUUAGAAAGAUUCAGAUUAAAAAAAAGAUUCCUAUACUCUCUGCUCAAUUUG